AUGUGGUCCGGGGAAGGGACGGGGAAGGAUACUCAGCGCGAAGGGGUCAGCUCACAGAGGAUUGCAGAAUUAUUCCGCUCCAUGGCAAGUAUGAGAGUUCGAGCACAAGGUGUGGAUAAGAUCUCGACUCUGUACGACUUUGAUGUCUCAAUCAGCCUCGAGCAGUGGCUUUCUCUGGUCAAGCAGGAGAGCAGUAGGAAGGCUCCUCUUUCCAGGAACUGGCAGUCACUUCCGAUCGACGAGCUGAGGCAGCUAGCGCUCGAGCGAGGGAUGGGAGAGGACUCCAAGGAAGCGGAGCGAAUCAAGUUAGUGAAGUUCUUGCGUGAGUGGGACCGCGAGUACAGAGUCCGCUGA